AUGCCGCCGCACGACAGGUCGCGUGGGAGGGUGGUGGGGAAACGAGACUACCAUCUGCAACCUCUCGCACGACCACCACCACGCGUCCACGAAACUGAGUCGCGCUACAGCGGACAUUUCCGACUUCUGAAAAACACCCAGCAUGCGGCCGAUUUUACUAUCUGGGCACGAGCGUGCCCUCACGCAAGUGAGGUGAGUUUGAGCGAGCGCUUCUCUGAAGUGAAAACGAAAGACGAUAUCGAACAGUGCGGUGGGGAAUACCACGAGGACUAG